AUAUAGGACGCAGCAAAUUAUCUCUGUAUCACUAUGAGUUAGGGUUAGGGAACCCUAACCCUAACCCUAACCCAUCACUAUGAGAAAAUGUGUAUGAAGCAUAUUAUCUGAUGUCAUCGGCUCAGGUUUGGUACAAAGAGAUACCAAAUGAUUGCCUUAAUGUCGAUUUAAAAUCGUUUAAUGGAGAAGAAUGAGGAAUAGAACGAAAGGCAUAUACAUUUUAUAUAAAUUGAGAUCCAUCACACAGAACACAAUGUUGCUCUUGCCGGUUCUAAUGCCGAGUCAUUUCAGUGGAUGGUGCCUACAAGCCAACCCUUUACCCUGUACUCUCUCUGCUCCCCCUGUCCAUCAUCUGAGUCCCACCUACCUAACCUCCCUGGAAGGACCCCAACUCUCCUGGAGAACAUUACCUCAGGGCGUUGGGUCCAGACCCGGGCCUGCAACACCCCACCCCCAUCACUCACCCUGCCCUCGGCGACACCCCUUUGUCCCGGUAUACCUUCCCGGGACGUGGAUACAGGCCUGAGCUCAUUGCUCCGUGUUCCUCCCCCUCUGCCUCACCCCGGAACGGUUACUCACCCUCUUUAGCGUCGUCAGCCCCGGCCACAGGGGACACCUUAGGGAGGACGGGACAUUGGAAGGGAAGUCUUGUUGCUUGGUUGCUGCAGACCCCUCAGACCCGUUGUUCCGGUGUGGUUCUGUGAGGGUACACAUUGUGAGAGAACAAACGGCAUGCACCCUGUCAGGGACGGGGGCUCCGGGUCCAUCAAGGCUCUUAAUGUGUUUCAGUUUCUGGUCCUGCACAGACUUUUAUAGGAAGGUAUAUCAACCCCCCCCCCCACACACACACACGCAUUAAUUCACACCAUUGUUUACAAUUGAUGUAGUUUGAGGGACACCAUCAUUAGUGUCCAGAUGGUUCCAGAUACUGUUUGACCAAUAAUAACCUGCCUGCACUUCUACCUGAGCCUCAGGCCAGUCCAUCGGUGUCAAACGUGAAGUGCAGAGCCAACUGGCGACUUGAGGAGUGACCAAGGAGUUGUCGUGAUGGAUUGUACAUUUCGGUGGAAAGUGCUUCAGUUACAUUGCAUCAUUGCAUGACUGGGCAGCUCUGUCAAAGAACAUAUUUGUUGCUGAAAUUGGCUUCUGUGGCGUUUAUUGUAUCCCAUUGUAUUCUGUAGGAUAUUAUAAUCAUUUGUGUGCUUUUGUGUGGGUGUGUGUGUGUUUGUGUUGCAGAUAUUAAUGCACGUGUAGGUGCAUGAGCCCUUGUUCUUGGUCUCCAAUGAAGAUGAAGUCUGCCGCCGUGGUGGAGGGAGGGCUGUUUACUGAGAGCUACUGUAACAUCUGCAACGCCCAGCUCAUCUCCGAAUCUCAGAGGACGGCUCACUACGAGAGUAAGAAGCAUGCCAACAAGGUGCGUCUGUUCUACAUGCUCCACCCUGAAGACGGAGGACCGCCGUCCAAAAGGCUAAGACCCGACAACCCAAAUACACCAGGAGCGAAGCAAGCACGGCCAUCACACAGCCAUGCUGGAGUCUGAAGGACCACUUAAAGGCUGUGCCCGUAUUUGGAAAUCCAUUGCUGGCCUUGGCUCAUAUUCACUGUGCAACACACGUGAAUAUGAAGACGAAGACAGUGCAGAGACAGAGGUGGACAGGAACAAGUGCUGUACUCUCUGCAACAUGUUCUUCACCUCUGCCAUCGUGGCGCAGUCCCACUACCAGGGGAAGACCCACGCCAAGAGGGUCCGUCUAGUGCUGGGGGAGCCCCCCAUCCUACCCGCGGCCACCCCCAGCCCCACCAACACAGACUCAUCGCCCUCCACCCCCCAGCCGUCGGACCCGGCCACCGCCCCCCCCCCGGCCCCCCCGCCGGCGCUGCCCUGGCCGGCGGUCCCUGGGGGGGGCGUGGUGGGCGUCGGCGGAGCAGGGGGCGGAGCAGGGGGCGGGCCCUGCGGCGGGGAGGCCGGCAAGUACUGCUGCCUGUGCGGCGCCUGGUUCAACAACCCCCUGAUGGCCCAGCAGCACUACGAGGGGAAGAAGCAUCGCCGCAACGCCGCCCGCGCACGCCUGCUGGAGCAGCUCUCUGGCAGCCUGGACGCCACCGAGACAGCAGGACUUCGCAGUAGUUACUCCUGCAGUGUCUGCAGUGUGGUCCUCAACUCCAUAGAGCAGUACCACGCACACCUUCAAGGCUCCAAGCAUCAAAACAACCUGAAGCAGCACCAACAGUGAGCCAUGAGGACACGUCGCUCUGUGAGAGUACGGGAGCUGAGAGUGGAGAGAAAAUGAGGAAUAUACUUAUUUAUUUAUUUAUUUACUUAUUUAUUUAGUAUUUGUGUGUUUGUUUCUUAAUACUUGUGUCACAACCAUUUGGGUGUAAGGGACUACUGCUUGAAGUUAUUUGUGUGUGUGUGUGUGUGUGUGUGUGUGUGUGUGUGUGUGUGUGUGUGUGUGUGUGUGUGUGUGUGUGUGUGUGUGUGUGUGUGUGUGUGUGUGUGUGUGUGUGUGUGUGUGUGUCUGUGUGUGUGUGUGUGUGUGUGUGUGUGAAUAUUUGCGGUCUGCGUGUGUGUGUAUGUGCGUGUGUGCGUGUGCGUGCCCAAGCACUAUGUGUGCGUCAUAUUCGUGCAGUUCGUCAACACUACAGACUUGGAGUAGGGGGGCAAAAAAAGAACUACUAGAUGUAAUUUGGGUAAAUGAGCUAUCAUUAACUAAGCCAGUUAAUUGUGCCAUGACAGUAGUGUAGAGUGACACAGAGCUCUGGUCGCCGCUUCUAUUCCCUUCCCAAUAAUAGACUAUCAGCAGGCCCUCCUACCCUCCCUCUCAACCCUUCUGUGCCUCGUCUCUCCAGACCACGUAUCCACCUCACCAAGCCUACCCGACCAUACCUCCUCCCCUCCCUGCCAUCACCGGCCUCUCCUGCUCCCUCAGCUUCCUGACACAACAGCAUAGCCGCUGCUGCCUGUAGUCGACACUAAAUUAAGAUAUUUUCAGGGUCAGGACGCUACCGGUUCACGACAUGAGGUAAACAAAACCAAAAAAAGGUUGUUUGACUUUCAAGGAGGUAAGAACUCAAACCUUGAGUUCUGAAUCAACCGAAACAAUGGCAGGAGGGCUGACUGCAAUAUAUGAUGCAAUGUAAUGUAACUGUAUUGUGGACGUGUGUGUGUUUGUGUGUUGUGUGUAUGUGUAUGUGUGGUGUUUGUGUGCGUGGGUGUGUGUAUGUGUGCAUAUAUCUUCAUUACUUUCAGUUCUGAAAUCUAUCUCUGAGGGACUUUUACUUCAGCACCUGAAGGGGUUGACAUGUUUUCUAAGCCGGCAGCUGCCCCCAUAGCACAGCACAGCUGCGGUUAUCGCCAUAUGAUCCCCUUGUUCCUAACUAACACAACAACUGAUGUCAAUAUGUCGUCCAUAGGGGUGACUGCCAUUACGUAACCCUUUCUUCUUGACAGAGCAGCAGUGAUAAUAACUGCAGACUGGCAGAUCAGCACGACCGUUGUCGGUCAGAUUGUGAUCGACACUCAUUAAAACAAGUCAAGUCAUUUGGUUCUAUAUGUAGUGACAGUUUGGACACAGGAAAUAGCUAGCAACAAGGCCUUUUCAGAUAGAACUCACUCAGGCCACAAAUCCUUGGUCCCGAAACACCACGGAAAGCUAUGAAUAUAUCAACUAAUAUUGAUGCGAAAAAAUAGGUAUUUAUUUAUUUAAUAAUAGAGAAGAUGGCCCAAGUCGACUUUCACUUGAAUAGGCUGCCAUGCAGCUUGAGCAAGUCAUUUACUUACUUUACUACGAUUUAAGAUAAAUAUGGUCAAUUUUUUGCUCAAUUCAAAUUCAGAUUUUCUACAACAUAAAGGGUGAUGCUACACUCGUUUACCUAACGUAUUGAGUAACAGUGAACAAACACAGCUUCUGUUUCUUUGUGUGUGUGCGAGUGUGUUCCUGGGUGUCUGUGUGUCUUUGUGUGUGUGUCUGUGUGUGUAUUUUAUACUUGUCUUUUCUACUGCCCAGUUCGAGGGGGAGUCUGGGGUCAAAAAAGUAACGCCUUGUACAGUAUGGAUCUACUGAUGUCACAGACACAGAACCUGAGAUGUCAACACAUUAUCUCUGCUCAGUGAUGGAGGUCAUAUUAAUAAAGACAAACUCCUUUGUAAACGUUUGUAUGCCAUCAUGUCCAGACCAAGAAAAAAAACAAACAUGACGACGAAACAACAGACAAAAAAAUACUUUUUCUUCUUCUUCAUCUUCACCAACCAAUACCUGUAGCAAAUGGCUCUAAAUGCAACUGGGUGAAAUUCAGUGCAUGCACAGCAAUGGUGAGCCGAGCCUAUCCUUUUGCCUUCUUUUUACAUCGUGAUAGUGCAUCGGAAACAUCCGCCGCACGACUGCAUUGUUCUCCCACUGGUGAUGUAGCUUCAGAAUGACGUACCACACCCGCAAGAAGCUAGAUAGACAAAGUCACCCUCUACUGCCUGGUUAGCGCCGGUUCAUUUGUACUAGUACAUCACUGGUGCGUUACUAGUGCUGGAGAGAAGAAAGAAAACAACAGGCCUAAAGACUUGCCGAUUGUUUGAGCGGUCGGUUAAAAAAAGACAACGAUGGCCUGUUUUGGUUUUUGAUGCUUCUUCAAGUGUUUCUUACGAUGUCUUUAAGCAUGUUAUGUUUUUUGGGAUUGUAUUGGGUGCAACUUGUGGGGAAAACCAAAAAACUUACAUAGAGAUCAGUACAACCGCACACACACACACACACACACACACACACUUGCGUGCAGGCACUCACAAACACACACACACACACAUACAUGCACACAAUCAUCUCUAACUAUUUAGUAAAGGUAAAAUAUGAUGAACAGAUGAAAAUAAGUUCAUUCUGUGCUGAUUUCAUGUUUUGAAGUGGGAGCUAAGGAUUACUUGAUUAGGAAGAGUGUGGAGUGUGGAAUUUUUUAUGCAAUCAAAAUGUGAUAUGAAGAACCAUGCAAUCGUAAUAAUUUCCUGUAAAUAAGGAGCUGGAAAGUGUGUGCUUAUUUUUAAAGACAUAAAAGAGUUUUGUAUUCACAAUGUGUACCAAGGAAAGAUGAGGGUAAAAUAAUGUUUUUGGUGCACCUGGAGAAUACAAAUAAUAACUGAAAUAUUUAAAUAACGAUGAUGAUGGUGAGCAAAACACAGCAUGAGGUGUUCUUUAACCUUUUGUGCUCCCAAAGGGAGGAACGCCAAAGGGAAGAACGCCUGGAGCACAGAUGGCACUUGGAUUAUAACGAUUAUAUUUAAAAAAAAACAGAGCUGUGGAAAGCUAAGGAGAUGGACAGAUGGAUAUAAGAUGGAUGAACAUCUUACAAUGUGGCUGGGUAAAAGUAUUGACGAAACUAGGACUGUUCAACGGAAAAAACCUUCAUUAUCGUUUAAUUCUGUCUCCUUCCCCAUGUGUCAAGCGGGCUACAGACUGAUCAAAGUGUGGGCAUCAUGACAUUGAACUGUGUGUCACAAUCUAUGAAGAGAGCAAUUAUGUUUUAAACAGAAAACUAUUACUAUUUCAACAACACUACCAGAUGGGCGUGUGUGUGUGUGUGUGUGCAUCAAGAGUACGAGAGUGUCCUGUUUAAGCUCUUACACCAUGCACACAUUUGUAAACGCACAUACAUGUGAUGAUAGACAUUGAUAAAGAUGAUGAGAUCUAUUUUCUCUUGAAAA